AUGUCUUCGACGAGGAUCCCCCUGCUGUUCGGUACCAUGACCAUCGGAGAGCCCGGGAAGAACGGCGUUCGCACCUCUGAUCUGAAGGAGGCCCAAGAGAUUAUCGACGUUUUCUUUGAGCACGGACAUAAGGAGUUGGAUACCGCACGCGUCUACGCGGAGGGCACUACCGAGAGUUACCUUGCCAAGCUUGAUCUCAAGGAUGCUACAAUUGAUACGAAGGUGUACCCCACCCAGCCAGGUGUCCACUCCCCAGCGAAACUGCGUGAGACAUUCCAGAUCUCGCUGAAGACGCUUGCGCCGCUGAAGGUCAGGGUGCUCUAUUUGCACGCACCCGACCGCAGCGUUCCAUUCGAGGAUACUGUCCGCGAGGUCAACGAAUUGUACAAGGAGGGACUCUUCGAGAUAUUUGGGCUGAGCAACUACGCAGCUUGGGAGGUAGUCGCCGAAAUUGUGUCCAUUUGCAAAGCGAACGGCUGGGUACAGCCUAGAAUCUAUCAAGCGAUGUACAACGCCGUCACGCGUGAGAUAGAGGCGGAGCUCGUCCCGUGCUGCCGCAAAUUCGGAUUGCGUCUUGUGAUCUACAAUCCUCUUGCGGGCGGAUUCUUUGCAGGCAAGAUUGCGGCACCCGACGCCGAGGCUCCAGCUGGCGGUCGGUUCGAUCCUGGGAGCAACAUGGGCACCAUGUAUCGCGCUCGGUACCUGAAGAGUGGAUACUUUGACGCACUGGAAUACUUGAAGCCCAUCGCAGAGAAGUAUCAGCUCCGCCUUACCGAGAUCGCGUUGCGUUGGGUCCAGCACCACUCCGUUCUGACCCCGCAGGAUGGGAUCAUCCUCGGUGCUAGCAGCGCUGCUCAGCUUCGGCAGAAUCUGCAGGACAGCGAAAAGGGCCCUCUUCCGGAAGAGGUGGUGAAGGCUCUCGACGAGGCUCGGUUGAUCGUGGGCGCGAGCGCACCCACCUACUGGCGAUGA